CACAACGCCCGCCUGGCCCAGCCUGUUGCUCCGCAGCAAAGCUCCAAGACCACCAAGGGAGCCAUGUUCCUCCUUCUUUUGCUCGUUUUGCAUCUUAAAGGGCUGCAGGCAGGCCAGAAUCCUCAGAAAACCACCUUGCAGACAACUGUUCCUGAAAAGAUCUCAUCACCGGAUGUGGAAACAGAUGCAGAAGACCAUAUGGCUUAUCUUAUUACAAUAAAUGAAACCCCCCAUUUCAUCCAUCUUAAAAAACAAUCAUUUAUAACUCCAACUGCAGUGGUUUAUACUUACGACAGAAAUGAUGUUCGACAUUCUCAACCUUUGUCAGCUCUGGAAAAUUGCAAUUACAAUGGAUAUGUUGCAGGUUUUCCAAACUCUAUCGUGACUCUCACUGUUUGCACAGGACUCAGGGGAACAAUACAGUUUGAAAAUGUCUCCUAUGCGAUUGAGCCCGUGGAGACUCUGUCAGGAUUUGUGCACGUGAUCUACGAGAGCACAAACAAACUUGCUGAGAUUCCUGACCUGGGAAAGAAUGAGUCAUACAGUUGGUUUGACGAAUCAGAUUAUCAAUUCCGGAGCAGCAUGAAGAAAGCUGGAUUUACCGUGUUACACCAACGAUUCAUUAUGAUGGAUAUCAUCGUGGAUAAAAAGCUGUUUGAUUACAUGGGCUCUGACACUAAAGUUGUGCUACAGAAAGUCAUUCAGAUCAUGGGUUUCGUCAACACUAUGCUCUCCAAGUUAAAACUGACUGUCUUAAUAAAUUCCAUUGAAAUCUGGUCGAAGGAAAACAAAAUUCAUUUCUCAAAGGCACUUGAUGACUUAUUGGUUCAGUUUUCAAUUUGGAAACAUGAGUAUAGACCACAACAUGUUGCAUACUUACUGGUAUUUGAGGAGCACCCUGCUUCCACGGGGGCUCUAUAUCCAGGGAAUCUGUGCAAACUGGAGUACAAUGCUGCUGUUGCCCUGUAUCCAAAAGGUUUAUCGUUAGAAUCGUUUAGUGUCAUUGUCCUGCAGCUGCUGAGCAUUGGUAUGGGCUUAACUUACGACACUGAGAACUGCCACUGUACAGGAGAAGUUUGCCUAAUGACGCCCAAAGCAAUAUAUUCUGGGGGUGUGAAGGACUUCAGUACUUGUACCCUGGAUGACUUUAAAUACCUGUCAACAAGACAAAACCUUGGAUGUCUCCAGGACUUGCCUUUGGAAAGAAAGCCAGCUCGCAGGCCAAGGAGAAUCUGUGGCAAUGGGGUGCUGGAGAUGAACGAGCAAUGUGACUGUGGCACUUUGAAGAACUGUACACAUAAAAAAUGCUGUGACCCCAUGUCAUGUCGAUUGAAGAGCAAGGCCAUAUGUGGUUCUGGGGAGUGCUGUAAUCAAGAUUGCACGGUAAAAAUGAAUGAUGUGGUCUGUAGAAAGUCGGUAGAUGAAUGUGACUUUGUGGAGUUCUGUAACGGAAAAGAUCCCUAUUGUGUCCCUAACACAUAUGCACGCAAUGGGCAGUAUUGUGAAUCAGGUGAAGCCUUCUGUUAUCAAGGAAAAUGUCAGACUUCUGACAAGCAAUGUAUGAGCAUACUUGGGAAAUAUGUGAGAGGGGCUUCCUUUGCGUGCUAUGAAGAAUUCAAUUCCAGAGCUGAUAGAUUUGGCAACUGUAUUCGUAAUUUUUGUACUUUAAAAAACAGUCUCUGUGGGAAACUAGUCUGUACGUGGCCAUUCAAGAAGCUGGUGCUAAAAGCCAAUUUAUCUGUGGCCUAUGCACAAAUCCGGGAUGACUUGUGUGUAGCUAUGUAUAAAGGUGGGAGGAUACCUAAGCCAACAAAGACGACAUAUUCCGAUUUAUCGCAAAGAGAUGAGACAUUUGUACAUGAUGGCACCAUCUGUGGCCCUAAUAUGUUUUGUUUGGGAGCAUCAUGCACAGAAACUAGAUUUCACAUUGAUUCUGCCAAGUGCGAUUCUACUAGAGAUUGCAACGACCAUGGGGUUUGCAACAAUUUUCAGCAUUGCCACUGUGAUAUAGGAUAUAACCCUCCUUUUUGUGAGGAACAUAAGGGACAGUUUGGAAGCGUUGAUGAUGGACAUAAAUAUUAUGUUGAAGAUGCUAAAAGCUAUAAGCAGCAAAGUCGUAGUAAUCUUCCAAAACAACGGCUUCAGCUCAUUCUCUACAUAUCUCUGCCCUUACUUGUGAUGAUUUCAGCUGUGGUUAUAAAGCAAAGCAAACUGAGUCGUGUAUGUGACAGAGAAAGAAGUGAAAGCAACAGCUCUACAACAGAAGAUAGUGGGAGUAACACCAAUGUGACCAGCAGUGGAGGAAGCUCAUCUGCGGACCCACCAAUCACACCAAACCCAGAAAGGAUUCUGUACGUCUUUACUCUGAAGAAACACUAAGGGUUGGAGGACACUGGGAAAGCCCAGUCGGGAAAGCAUCACCAGGUUCUCUCAGCCCUGUCCUCUUGGCGAGGUGCUCUUGAUACCUGGGUUCCAGGACACCUUUGUGGCUAUCUCUAAGGAA